UUGAACUCAUUUUGUCAAAUACAAACAGAGAAUCAUACAAACUUCAUUAAAACAGACAGAAACAAGAACAAAGAAUGUGAACUCCCAAACAAAAAAAGGGUAUUUGUAAGAUUUUAUUCCUUUUUUUUCAUUAAUUCCUUCAAAAAUUUCGAAGGAAAAAAAAUCAUCAUCAAAGGUUUUUUUUUUUUUUUAAUCUUUUCAUUUCAAUCUUUCCGUUGAUUUCGGUAGUCCGAGUGUUUUGAUUGGCAGCCACAUUGAAAUCCUUUGUUUCUCCAUCCAUUAUCUUCCGCAAUUGUCGCUUCCCAAAAGAAAAAAAAUUUCUAUACAAAUUUUGAGAAAAAAAAAUUGUAUCUUUCCCUGUUUAUUGUAUAAAAGGGCUUCAUUUUUUGCUCUCUUUUUUCUUUCCUUUUAAAGAAGAAAGAAGAGAUAAAAAGAGAGAAGAUGAAAGCUUCAAGCUCAGUUUACAACUCACCUACCCCCACUGUUUGUUGAUUUUUUUUUUGGGUGGGUUGGCGCUAAAAAGAAAACCCAGAAAGAAAGUUGGGAUCUUUGUUUCUUGAUUACAUGAUCAGCCGCCAUUGAUGGGUUGUGUGAGUUCGAAGCAGGCGGUGUCGGUGACGCCUGCUGUCGACCACUCCGGCGCUUUACGUGACAAUGCGGGUUCCAGUAGCGUUGGGACCAAUUCGGGUCGGUCUCGGGUCGGGUUAUCAGAAGUUGAAAAGAAGAGGAGCAGCUGCGGUGCCGGUAGUAAAAACAAGAAAAAGAAUAGUAAUAGUGGGGGUGUGAGUGAUUUGGGUGGUGGGUUGGGGCUGAGUGGGAGCGAGUUAGGUGAGUCGGGUCGGGCGAGUUCGAGAUCCGACUCGUUGAGUUUGAGGUUGGGGAAUUUACAAAAGUAUAUAGAAGGUGAACAAGUGGCAGCCGGGUGGCCUGCUUGGCUUAGUGCCGUUGCCGGUGAAGCUAUCCACGGUUGGGUUCCACUCAAGGCUGACUCUUUUGAGAAGCUUGAGAAGAUAGGGCAAGGUACAUAUAGCACAGUGUUCCGAGCUCGAGACCUUGAAAGUGGAAAGAUAGUUGCUCUAAAGAAGGUGCGGUUUGACAAUUUUGAACCUGAGAGUGUUCGAUUUAUGGCAAGAGAGAUACUAAUUCUUCGAAGGCUUGACCAUCCAAACAUCAUAAAAUUGGAGGGGAUAAUUACUUCGCGAAUGUCAUGUAGCAUAUACCUUGUAUUUGAGUAUAUGGAGCAUGAUAUAACUGGACUUCUGUCUUGUCCUGACAUCAAGUUCAGCGAGGCACAGAUUAAAUGCUAUUUGAAGCAGUUGUUAUCUGGACUUGAUCACUGCCAUUCACGGGGUAUAAUGCAUCGGGACAUUAAAGGAUCAAAUCUCCUUGUAAAUAAUGAAGGAAUCCUAAAGAUGGCGGAUUUUGGUUUGGCAAACUUCUAUGGUUCUGUGCACAGGCAACCCUUAACCAGUCGUGUUGUAACCUUAUGGUACCGUCCCCCAGAACUUUUGUUGGGUUCUACAGAUUAUACUGCAGCUGUAGAUCUUUGGAGUGUCGGCUGUGUUUUUGCUGAACUUCUUCUUGGGAAACCUAUCCUGCAAGGUAGAACAGAGGUCGAACAACUGCAUAAAAUUUUCAAGCUCUGUGGGUCCCCACCUGAUGAUUACUGGAAAAAAUCCAGACUUCCUCAUGCAACUCUAUUCAAACCACAACAACCUUAUGAUUGUUGUCUUCGGGAGACUUUCAAAGAUUUGCCAGCAACAGCUGUGAACCUAAUAGAAACUUUGCUUUCAGUGGAGCCAUACAAGCGUGGGACGGCUUCGUCUGCUCUUGCAUCAGAGUAUUUCACAACAAAGCCUUAUGCUUGUGAUCCAUCAAGCUUGCCAGUAUAUCCACCUAGCAAAGAGAUAGAUGCAAAACAUCGUGAAGAGGCAAAGAGGAAAAAGAUAAGUGGAAGAGUUCGUGGGCCUGAAACAAGAAAGCCAAUAAGAAAACUCCAUGGAAUAAGUAAAUUGGCUCCAGUUGAGGAUGUUGCCGCUGCUGCACAGAGUCGAGGUUCUCAGAAAAUUAAUGGUAAACAUGUCCUUAACUCAAAGCAAAGAAAUGCUACUAUCAGUGAGGGAGUGUCAAAACCAUCUACUGAUGCACUAGAAGAGGCUGCCCAUUUAAAGCAUGCAUCCCAAGGUGAUAUUCCAUUUUCUGGUCCAUUACAAGUUUCUACAUCAAGUGGCUUUGCAUGGGCCAAAAGGCGAACAAAUGAUGCAUCCGUAAGAUCACACUGUAGAUCUAUCUCAAGAGGUCACAUUUUUAAUUCUUUAGAACCUUCUGCUCAAGUACAUACACGAAAUAAUAUUGAUUCAAAACGACAUGAAAAUGGGGAUGUAAAAUAUGGAAUUCGCACCGAUUCUAGAGGCUAUGAUUCAUGUGAAGCUGCCAAGCGUGCUAUGCAGAAACAAUGGAACCAGUUUGAACGCCCAGAUUCAUUUGAUGCUUCUGAUGGAUACCACUCACAAGAGCUAUCAUUGGCACUUUAUCAAAGAGAGGAAAUGGCAGCCAAGAGAAAUAAUUUGGAUUACCAAGAUGAAGGGGACAAGGUUGAAUUUUCGGGUCCUUUGUUGUCUCAAUCACAUAGAGUUGAUGAACUCCUAGAACGACAUGAACGUCAAAUCCGCCAAGCAAUUAGAAAAUCAUGGUUCCAAAGAGGUAAAAAACAUGGGAAGUAAUCUUCAGAUACUCUCAUGUCUAAGGGAUGAGUAAGAAGAAGCUUCUGGCCGGAGGCAGUCAUUCAGGAUCCUCCACUCCAAGGGCAAAAGCAGUAAGUUGGCUGACAUGCCCAUCAAUCAUGCCUAUAACAACAUCAUGUUGAACCUUCUGCACAAGAGCGGUGAAGAAUGAAACUGAGAGACUACAAUAUGAUGGUACUGCUGCAUGUACAAUUCCUAGAGCUCUAAAGAAAGUGGGAAAGGAAAAGGGCCCUUGGGUGGCUGCUGAGUCCCUUUCUGCAAAGAACCAUGAUUAUAUUUUUUACCUUUCAAUUGAAGUUUUGUUCUCACUUCCUUUUUGUUUCCUUACUUUCUCCUCCUCAAAUCUGACCCCACUAUGUAUAGGUUCAUAGCAAUUGAUUGUAAGCAGUCCUGUACACGUUCAUGGUUCAUAAGGCUUAUCAAUAUCUGGCUUUUCUUUUCUCAUAACUGUAUUUCAGUGUUACUUUGUUGGUUGUUUGGAAUCUUUUCAAGUCUUAAAGAAUGGAUUUUGGAAAAUGUCAAAUGUGGGGAGUCAGGACCAAGUCAUGGCCAGAAAGGGUUAGUCACGGGGAGCAUGCAUCUAUAUUCACAUAUGUCUUUUAGGACCUCUUACAAGACUCGACUCUCUAGAUUAUGCCCAAAGUGCGACAGAAAGUGAUCAUUUGCCUUUGGCAAGUAGUUAACUGAAAAUGUUUAGAAUAACAGCGGGAUGUUUCCUUCUCUUUGCCAUUUUCUUCCCCAGGCUCUCUUUCUAAGUUUUGGCAUAGCCUAAAAAGAUCAUUGUGUUUUAUUACAGUACCUGUGAAAAUCAUAUUUUUUCUCCAAAAACUAAGGCUAAACCAAGAAGUUGUAGACUUCUAGGACUAUUUGGUAUCUCGAUCAGAAGGAUCUGCAUUACACAAUGUUGUUGUAUAUGUCAGCUGUUCGGUUCCGUGAAUAUAGUGGAAUGUGCUAUAACCCAAUAACCCAUGCACAUAAUGGCUCUGGGCACCCUAAGACGAUAUCCGAAUACCCAAAACAGCACAACCCUGUGGGGUGUACAUGUAGCCCUUUGCUACCUCAUCUCUAAUCUGUAUGUCACCAAUCUGAGCAAUCCCAGUCCCAUCCCAUUUGACAUCAACAGAAUGGGUGUGCAAAAAGUUGGCUAGCCAAUCCUGAAACCAAAUUAAAUACUAUAAGUUUCAAAAAAAUAAGAGGCCUGCCAAUCCAUUAUUGGGAUCCAACGCCAAAGUUUGGGCUCAGUGGUACAGAAAGUAGAAUUGUAGGCUAGUAGGCUUUCUAGCUGAGAAAUCCUCAUCUCAUCUGCAAUUUUAUAUC